AUGAUUUCCUCAGAUGACCAACAUGACUUUUCCAUUUACGUAUAUCCCAACAAAACAGAGAAGGUCUGUUUCAAUAGGCCUAUAACCGACGGUUCCAACCUUUGGCUUGAAAGUUCCGCAGAAACAACACUACCUCAAUUUGUUCUACAAUUUGCUAUUAUAUUAACACUCAAUCGCAUUCUCCUUGCUGCUGCAGCAUCAUGCCAUCUACCACGUAUUGUUGCCAAUAUUUUUACUGGUUUUUUAUUAGGUCAAUCUGUGAUGGGAGGUUGGCAUUUUUAUGACAAGCACAUAUUUCCUUUUACUAAUAUGUUGCCAUUGGAGACUUUGGGAGCGAUGGCACUUGUUUAUUAUGUGUUCUUGCUUGGCUUGGAGAUAGACCUCAAACAUAUAAAGAGGUGUCACAGUAAUAAGAAGGCCACGGUUGUUGCAAUUGCUGGUAUAAUCUUCACUUUACCUGUUGGUGGUGGCUUGUACUAUCUUCUUGUCACAGACAUGGGGCGCAAUGCUUUGUCUCCUUCAGACAAAGUUAAACACAUAAGGGGUGCAAUAAUAUGGGGAAUCACCCUUUCUUGCUGUGGUGAUUUUCCUGAAAUUGCUUCAAUUCUUUCACACCUAAAGCUACUUCUCACAGAGAAUGGACAACUUGCUCUAGCUGCUUCAACGAUUAAUGACUUGUAUUCUUGGACCUUGAUUGUGUUGACUAUAACAGAAUUCUAUUACCAUUCUGUAUCAUCAAUGAUCUUCGCCCUCAUGUUUUUGUUGACAUGUUUUUUUUUUAUUCAUCCUAUUGCUAAGUGGCUUUUCAACAUGGCUGGGACAAGGGAUCGCGAGUUUCUUGAGUCCCAAGUAGUGUUUCUCCUCCAUUUUGUUUUGGCCGUUGGACUACUAGCUGAUGGGUUGGGUGCACAUUCCAUCACAGGCGCUUUCCUUUUAGGAGUUGUGCUCCCAAAGGGUGUGGUUAACAAUGCAGUUCAGGACAAGGUGCUUGAUUUUGUGGCUGCUUUCAUGAUGCCACUCUUCUUUGUUGCUAUUGGUGAGAGAAUGAAAAUCCAAGUGUUGGCGUUGGACUCACACUGGACAACCGUGGUGAUUGUUAUUGUGCUGGCUUUCAUUGCGAAGAUAUUGUGCACUUUUGUGGUCUCUUGUAUCUACCAGAUGCCAAUCAUGGAAGGAUUAUCGCUUUCACUGCUCAUGAAUACUAAAGGAAUGAUGUCAUUGAUCAUUCUUAGCACUGCCAGGGACAGGCUCGAACUGGACCACCAAACCUAUGGGGUGAUGCUAGUGGCGUGCUGGUUCAUGACUGUUGCUGUAGGACCUGUCUUGGCUGCUGCCAGGAACCCCAUCACCACGAGCUACUGGUUCGGGAGCCAAUCCAAGACCAUACAAGGCACAAGGCAAGACUCACCGCUAAAAGUGUUGGCCUGUGUUCACACAAAACGCGAUGCCAAUGUCAUCAUCAACCUCUUGAAUGCAUCAUGUCCAUCAGUGAAAUCUCCAAUUGAGGUCAUGGCAGUGGAGCUUGUCAAGAUGGCUAACCGCCCCACUUCCUCCCUCAUUGUAAGGAAUGCUCAGAAGCCAGCAUCCUUCACCAGCUCCAAAUCCACCAAGCCCAAUAGCUUCAAGAAAAACGACACCGCCGAGGACGAUGACACUCUUGGCUGCUUCGACAACCUUAGAGAAUCUAUCUUCACCGAAAAGAUGAGGGUUGUCUCCUCUUACAACUCCAUGCACAAGGACAUCUUCAACCUAGCAAGAAUUAGUGGGGUGACCUUAAUCUUGACCACGUUGUACAAGCAACCAACCUAUGAUGAUUUUGGUGCAGGUCAUGCAACUGCCAGAGCUGUCAACAUCAUAAACAGGGACAAUUCAAGCAGAGACAAAAAGAAAGUGGUGUUGGAGCAUUUGGUGAAGGAGACACCAUGCUGUUUAGCCAUAUUUGUGGACAGAGGGUUCGGUCAGAAACGUGCCAAAGAGCAAAGACUAGCAAUGUUCUAUGUAGGUGGUGCUGAUGACCGUGAAGCUCUUUCUUACGCUUGGAGGAUGAGUAGGAACCAGGAGGUUCAGUUAACGGUGGUGCGGCUUGUUUGGGACAACCCUGAAGAUGAGUUUGAUGAAAUGGACAAGGAGUACAUAAACGAGUUCGUGCAACAAACGGUAGACACACCUAGGCUGAAGUAUUUGGAAAAGGUGGUGAAGGAUGAGAAGGAAACGGUGAUGCUUUUGAACAAGAUGGGGAACAAAGGGUUUGAUUUGUACAUUGUUGGGAGAGGACAUGGGAGGAAGAUGUCGUUGGCACAAACGUUGGAACCUGUGUUGGAGGAACCUGCUUUGGGUCCUCUUGGUGAUGCUUUGUCGGAUUUGAACUCUGCUGCAAAGACUUCAAUUUUGAUCUUACAAAGACAACCUGAUCUUGGUGAUGAUCAUAGUUCUAGGAAACAUGUGCACUCUUCAUCUGGACAAUUUUUAGAUAUCAUGCUUGAUCAGCACACUGUAUAA